AUGGCCUUGGAACGCGAACCAGCGAUGGGAUUCCUGGCGGGAGCAACCACGAGCACGGAUGUUACGGAGGAAGAGAGGCGGAGGGCAUUGGGGAAGGCCAUGGAUUUGAACGCGUUGCAUUGGUUGGUGGCCACCAUGGGUCGCAACUUAGAGCGGAAUCGGUUGGAGCGGAGGAGGGAUCAUGUGGCGAGGGCGGACCCAAAGACACGAGAUGAUGAGAUCAAGGAAGAGGAGGCAGAGAUCCUGCUCAAACAUCUAGAGAAUGAGGCGGCCUACAUGGCAAGCAGGGCAGACGUCGGGGAUGAGGAGGAGAGGCAAGGGGCAGUAGAAGAAGUGGGGGCAGCUGAGAUGCCUGAGGGCCCAGGCGAGGCAGGAGAAGCUGAAACGGGAGGAGGACGAGGGAGAAUGGAGGAAGCUGCACAACCACAAGCACAGGGAACGCACUGGGACAUUGCAUGA